GUUUGCGCAUGCGCCCUGCGAAGGUCGCUGUGAGGGGGAGCUGUAGGAGGUCUGUGAUGUGGUACGAGAUCCUGCCCGGGAUUGCCAUCAUGGCCGGCUGCCUGACGGUGCCAGGCCUCGCCACCAUCUACAUUCACAGGUGGGCGAACGGCGGCAAGGAAAAGAGAGUUGCACGCUUGCCAUAUCAUUGGACCCUGAUGGAUCGAGACAGAAGAGUAUCUGGUAGCAAAACCUAUUACGACUCAAAGGGAUUAGAAAACAUUGACUGAUGGGCUUUUCAUCACAAACGGGACCCUUAAGCCUACAGGAGAACAUCUGCUUAAAAACUUUAAUCUGUGUGUUAUAAUGUAAUUGAGAUAUUUAACAUAAAAUGGAGAAUAAAAACGUGAACUGGU